AUGAAAAGCAAUGGGACUGAAAUGCCCUCGCAUUCCGGCGGUUUACCCAAGGAGCAGGAGCACGCUAUCAUUGUCUCCGCCCUGAAACGGGUAAUCCGCGGUGGCGUUGGCACAAACAAUGCACCCUCCCAGCCACCGCCGCCGCCGACGCAGCUCCCAGAAACGGGUGGCACCGAUCAAAUUGUGAUACCAUUUUCGGAUUGUGAUGACACGUGUCAGGUAUGUAAUAUGGAGAUGGAUCGUUGCCUUGGCUGUGGUUUGUUCCCUCCAAGGGAGCAAGACAAAGGUAAAAAGGUGAAGACGAGCAAGUACAGGGGAGUGCGGCAGAGACCAGGAGGAAAAUGGGCGGCGGAGAUUCGGGACCCCCGUCGCUCGGUUCGCGUUUGGCUCGGGACUUUCCAGAGGGAGGAGGAGGCAGCCAGGGCUUAUGACACGAAGGCCAUGGAAUUUCGCGGAGCUGACAGAGCCAAGCUAAACUUCCCGCCAUCCUCGGACACCGGUACUACCAGUGGAGCAAUGACUGAUGAGACCAAAGUCCAAACAAGUCCAGUUGGAGAGAGCAGCACUGCUGAGGAAGAAGAAGAGGAAGAGAUGGAUCGGUGAUCCGUCUCAUCUGGGACAUAUGCUUAAAGUUAAGAUAGAUGAAGAAGAUGGGGGACCAAGUGAGAUUUUCAACUUUUUGACGAUUGUGUUGGCGAAUAAUGUUGAUGACCUCGGUCAUUAACUAACUAUUGUGCCCAU